AUGCUUUCAAUUUUAUGGCUACUCGUGAGCUUUUUCCUAUGUUUUUCCAAUGCAGUAUUGAUUGAUGAUGCAUUUGGUUCAAGAGAAUCAAUUAAUUACUUGUAUGGAGGGUCCUUGAACAACAUUCGUUUGUUGAAAAAUAAUAUCCUUGUUGCCACUAACAGUCAUGAUCAAGUACUUGGAAUUGAUGUACUAAAUCACGAUUUGAUUAAAUGGAAGAUUGAGAUUAAUGAAUUAGAAAAAAGUAAUGUGAUAUCAACAGAUACUCAUAUCUAUGUAUAUGGAUCGUGUCAAGAUAUAUACCAAAUUGAUAAUCUAGGCAAUUUAGAAAUCAUUGAGUUAGCAUCUAUUCCUAAAAAGUUAGAAGAUGCAAAAUAUGGAUUGCUUAUUAUUGAUUCAGAUAAUUCAUUAAAAUAUUACAAUGGGGAGUUUCAUACAAUUGGUGAUAACGCUUCUUCUAUCAGAGUUGAUCAAAACAAGGGGUACAUGUAUCUUCUAGUGAAUGAUAAAAAUUUGAUUAAACUUUCCAAAACUGGACAGGUGGUAUUUACUACUGAAGUUGAAGUUGGGUCAAUAAAGGAAUUUAAAAAAGGGAUUAUUUUGACUGGGAAUGACCAAAUAUUCAAAUUUGAUGAACGUGACAAGACAUUUAAACGAAUUGAAAAUGAUUCCUUUAAAAACUUGGUAAUUGUUGAUAAUGACUUAUUGUAUGCGAAAUUGAAUGAUGUUGUGCAAUUGAUCCACAUUACUAAGAAUCAAAAGACUGAAUUACUUGAAGUUAUCAAACUCAAACCAGAAGCAAAAGUUGAGUUACUCACUACUCCAUUGAACGCUUUUCUUGUUGUUUCCAAUAAAAACUUGAAACAAGUUCAUGACUUGACAGAUCUUAUUGAUACUAAAGAUGCAAAGAGUAUAAGGCAAUUUACUUUUAAGCUGACAUUGGAUUUCCCCCACGAGUUUGUUUCCAUAAACAAAGAUCAAUUAAAUAUUUUGUUAAUUAAUGAAAAUUUGGUUGGUGAAGUAUACAGUUUAUUUGAUGGUUCUAAAGUAGAAUCCAUUCAACCACAAAUCCAUCAAUACUCAUCCAAGGCUAGUAAGUAUAUUAUUAUUGACGAACCCGAAUCGGAAAGCAUCAAACAUGAACUUGAGCUGAUUCUUCAUGAAGGUGAUGGGGUAUAUGUUUUGACAAACUGGAUUCGUAGAGUUACCAGACACUUGUCUGAACUAGGCAAAUUUGUUUCAUCAUUUAAUUUUAAGAAUUUGUUUGCUUCAAACGAAUCAAUUGGGUUUGUUAAAUUAAUUGUGUUUUAUGAUGAAGAGUACAAGAAGUUUGUUGCUGUAAAAUCAAACAACUUUGCGAUUGCUUGGGAAUUACCAAUACAAGAUGAUUUCAUUACUUUACGCCAAAUUAGAAAUGGGAACAUUAUUGGGAUCUUCAAAUCAACAAUCCUAGAAAUUAAUACUGCUGAUGGAUCAAUUGUUAAUGAAACUGCAAAUGAUUCUGGAUUUUUUGAUGUAUUUAAUGUUGAAGAUGUUUUAGGAUUUGAGAAUAAAUAUGGAUUUCAAUUAUCAGCUGCAGUGGAUACAAAUACUUUUUUCAAAAAAGUUAUCAACGAUAAUGAAGUUGCUGGAUUUGUUAUUCCAGUAGGAUCUUUAGAUUCUAAAAAGACAUGGUCCUUUAAACUUGAUGAACAGAUUAUUUCUUGCCAAAAUAUACCUGCAGAUUCAACUACUUCAUCUUUGGGGAUUCCAUUAGCUGAUAAAUCGGUAUUGUAUAAAUAUUUGAAUCCAAACAUUAUUUCAUUGUUGACUUUUGGGAAAUCAUUAAAGUUUCAUUUGAUAGAUGGGAUUACAGGGAACUUGUUAUAUUCUUAUACUCAUGACCCAUCAGAAAUUGUCGAUCUCCAAUCAAUAAAUCUUGUGAUGGACGACAAUUGGAUUAUAUAUUCAUAUUUCAUCAGUGAACCAAGACUUGAACAGAGAAUUAAUGUCAUUGAUUUAUUUGAUGACCAAUUUUCAUCUAAUACAUCUACUGUUGCUUCAUUGAAAACAAUUGAUAAAAUAUCUACCAAAUCAUUUAUUUAUCCCGAACGUAUUGUACAAUUACAAUCGACCAGAUCAUUAUAUGGUAUUACCCUUAAAUCCAUUGUUGCACUUACUGAACUGGGGAGUUUGAUUGAAAUACCUAAAUUUAUUUUGAAUAGUAGGAGACCAGAACAUGAAGUUAAAGCUGCUGAUUAUGGUAAUGAUUUUAAUAUGGUACCUUAUGAUCCAAUAGUUGCUAAAACAACCUUCCAAGUAUUAAAUCACAAAUAUCAAUUGAAUAGUGGUAGUGAUGCUGGUGGUAAAGGGUCUAUACUUGUGAAACCAACAUUAUUUGAAUCAACAUCAGUGAUCUGUUAUUUUAAUAAUGAAAAUCAAUUUUGUAGUGUGAUUCAACCAUCAUCAUCAUUUGAUUUGUUGAAUAAAGGUUUUGAUAAAAUCAAAUUGUUGAUUACUAUUGUGGUAUUAUUUGCUGGAUUUAUUAUUUCAAAACCGUUUGUGUUUAAUAAAAAAUUGAAUGCUCAAUGGAUAGAUAGAAAAUAG